GUCCUAUAUAACUGGAACUCACAACUGAAGCACCUUACUACCAGAUCCAAUCUCACGCAGCCAACAACAAAGCGGAACCAGCUUUAGUAUACGCGGCCGCAGCGGACAACGCGUUCGUUACCAGUGAUUCUGUGACAGUGUACUCACGUUUACCCGCCAAAAUGAAUAGCUACGUCAAAAUUGUCUUAGUACUAUGCGGGUGCCUCGCGUUAACAUCAGCGCAGUAUAACUUUGGUUUCGGUAACGGUUACCUCGGUAGCUUCGGUGGUGGCUUCACUGGUCUUUCAGCGAGGGAUCCCAGAGCGAAUACUGGACCCGUGGUCUUCCCUCCAUCUCCACCCGGUGACCCAUCUCAGACUAGCGGCGUUGUACCUGGAGCUUCUGGUUUUGGUUUCCAACCACCAGGCGCACAAGGUCCAGCGUUCCCCCGAUACUAUUACAGCAGAUACUUCCUAAGAUAAGAGAAAAAUGAAACAAAAUCUUGUAUAAACUAAACUAAUUGUACUUUAAUAUUAUUUAAUAUUGUAGGGUACUUUAAAUUUAGUACAAUAAACUUGUAAAUAUGUAAAACGAAUUCCACAUGAAGAGGCUAGAUAGAAUCUUUUCCUUCUCUUAUUAAAUUAUUUCGAUCUUAGAUAUUUACGACAAUUCCUAACUACAUAGAUAAAUUAAACGUUUAUCAAUAAUUUGAUUUUUAAUAAGUUAAUAAAUUUUAAGUACUGGCACAAAUAACCACUGAGUAGGACCUUGUUGCUGGAAGAGCCACAGUAUAUUAUAUUGUGUUACGUAAAACUAAAAAUGAUAAAUAUAUCUAUAUAAAUAUUGUAUAACUUCGUUAUAUACAUAUAUUAAUUUUAAGAUGGCCUAUCGUAAAUUAUUCAAUUUAUAAGUAUAUGUAUAAAGUUAAAGUAUUUGUUUUCAUAAAACUUCAUUAAUAUUUCUUACCUAAGUAAAAAAUUGUGUCAAGAGGAUGUGUUGACAUCACAUGUAAUGUCGAUUAUUAUGCUUUUUUGUUCUAUUAUACCACUGUUAAACUUGAAAAUAAUAUUUCUAACAUAAAUAGUAUAAGAGAAUCUGUCAUUAAUAAUUUAUUUGCGCCUCACAAAAAUAUGUUACCAACUACAACUAGCAACAUAUUUCUAUUCAUCAAAACUUUGUUUAAACAGGUGUAAAAUAAAAAUAAUACAAAAUU